GUGAGGCCAGGCCGGCCCCCGGCCCCCCCCUUCCGGCCGCCCCCGCCUCCUGGCCCACGCCCGCCCGCGCUCGGCCCGCCAGCGCCUCCAUCCGGCCGGCGGUCCCGCAUCGUCGCCGCCCGCUGCCACGCUGCUGACUCCCGCCUUGGGCGCCGUCGGCGGGGCCGCGCUCCGCCGGGCCUGCGGAUCCCCGCCGCCUCCUCUUCCAUCUACCUCAACGCCCUCCCCGCUUCGCCCGAGGAGGCGGUCCCCCCCGCAGGCAGUCCGGCUCGCAGGCCGCCGGCGUUGUCAUCCCCCGCGCUGCCCCCAGCCCUCCCCGGCGCGCGGCCCACCGCUUCCCUCCUCGCCGCGUCCCGAGCGGCUCGGCGCCGCCACCGCCACCGCCAACCCCCCCACCCAGGGCCCGGGCUCGCGACGGCAGAGGGCUCCGUCGGCCCAAUCCGAGCUGGGCGCCCGCGGCCCGGGCGAUCCUCCACUCCGCCCCCCUCAGCACCUUCCCCGGCCCUCGACGUUGCGCCCUGCCCUCGCUUCUCUGUGCUCCCCCGUCCCCUCUCUAGCCUCUGGUCCCGGCGCCCGCUCUCUGCUCUCCCGCAGCCUGCCCUUCGCUCCCUCCCGUCCCCCCCAGCUCCUCGCCUCCGACUGCCUCCCCCUCCACGCCCGCCCUCUCGCCUCGCCGUCCCGAAGUGGAUUAAUUAUACGCUUUCUGUUUCUCUCUGCGCUGUUCUCCCCCGCUGCGAGCCUGCCCGCCUCUCGCUGUCCUCUCUCCCUCUCGCCCUCUCUUUGGCCCCCCCCUUUCACGUUCUCUCUGUGUCUCUCACUAUCUCUGCCCCCCUCUAUCCUUGAUACAACAGCUGACCUCAUUUCCCGAUACCCUUUCCCCCCCUAAAAGUACAACAUCUGGCCCGCCCCAGCCCGCAGACAGCCCGCCCUCCCCAAACAAUCAGACGAGUCCCCCCCCAAAAAAAAGCCAUCCCCCCGUUCUGCCCCGUCGCACAUUCGGCCCCCGCGACUCGGCCAGAGCGGCGCUGGCAGAGGAGUGUCCGGCAGGAGGGCCAACGCCCGCUGUUCGGUUUGCGAUACGCAGCAGGGAGGUGGGCGGCAGCUGCGCCGGCUUCCAGAUGCCGAUGGGGGUCCCGAUGGGGAAGCCGAUGCUGGUGCUGCUGACCUUCUUGGCCUUGGCCUCGUGCUGCUUUGCUGCUUACCGCCCCAGUGAGACCCUGUGCGGCGGGGAGCUGGUGGACACCCUCCAGUUUGUCUGUGGGGACCGCGGCUUCUACUUCAGCAGGCCGGCAAGCCGCGCGAGUCGCCGCAGCAGCCGUGGCAUUGUGGAGGAAUGCUGUUUCCGCAGCUGUGAUCUGGCCCUUCUGGAGACCUACUGUGCCACCCCCGCCAAGUCCGAGAGGGACGUGUCGACCCCUCCGACCGUGCUUCCGGACAACUUCCCCAGAUACCCCGUGGGCAAGUUCUUCCAAUAUGACACCUGGAAGCAGUCCGCCCAACGACUGCGCAGGGGCCUGCCUGCCCUCCUGCGCGCCCGCCGGGGUCGCAUGCUCGCCAAGGAGCUCGAGGCGUUCAGAGAGGCCAAGCGUCACCGUCCCCUGAUCGCCCUGCCCACCCACGACCCCGCGGCCCACGGGGGCGCCUCUCCGGAGGCGUCCGGCAAUCAGAAGUGAGCCAAAAUGUCGCGUAAUUCUGCAAAGAUGGCACCGUCCACCUAGUGCCCUCCUCCUGACCAGGGGCCGUUCCACCGGGCCCCGCCUCUGACAUCUCUCGGGAUCGCGUUCCCUCUGCGGGCUCCCCCAGCCCCAGCCCCCGUGCCCCAACCUCCCCAUGUCAGGCUCUUCUCUCCUUGGCCCCCUCCAUCGGGCUGAGGAGAUCCUAGCAACAUCUCUAAAAGUGUACAAACUCGAUUGGUUUUAAAUAUCCCCCAAAUUAUCCCCAAAUUGUACAAUCAAAAAACUAAAACUACGAACCCCUAAAUCUCUCUCUCUCACACACACACACACACACCAGUCCCCUUAAAAUGAAUUGGCUUUUUAGAAACACCAGGAACGUUAAUUAGCUAAAACCAAAACAAAAUAAACUAAAAUUAUCAAUUGGCUAAAAAAAAAAUACCCAAAAUGAAUUGGCUUAAAAACAAUUGGCAUCAUGAAAGAAUUAGGCCCCUCCCUUCCUUCUCUUCCCCAGGGACCUCGAGUCAGAUUGGCCGUGAGCUCGGGCGCCUGGCCUCCAGGAGAAAGGAAGGGACCCAAAAUCUACAGGUAGGCACGUCAUGGUCCACUGCCGGCUCUGGCCUCCUCAGGCAAAACUCUGGUCGCGUUUGGGGAGAAUUGGUCAUCCUCAGAACAGCAAAGCCCCAGACUCAUUCCUUGCUCUAUUUCCCAUCCUCGAAAGUCACCAUGGAGCUAGAUGGGGGUUCCCAGUGAGACCGAAGGAGGGGAGAACAGAACAUGAACACCGAAAUUCGUGAAAAUAAACUUUAAUUGGCACAAACCCCCAUACAGCCUAAAAUCCAUCCUCCCAAAACCCACAUAUCCCAAAAUCUUACAUCUCAAUUUCCACCCUAAAAAACAUCCACACACCCACAUGUAUCCCUGCAGACACCCCCUUACAUGCAUGCACACGCACACACACCCUUAUGCACAUAUGCACAUGCACACUCACGCACACAUGCAGACACACGCGACAUGCACACACACACCCUCGCACCCAUGCACACGCACACCCUCACACGCACACACACUCACGCACGCGCGCGCACACACCCUCCCACACACGCACACUGUCAUGCACACGCACACCCUCACGCCCAUGCACGCACACACGCACACAGAUGGGUGAACCCAGCAUGGUGCAGGUCAGACAGCAUUCUAUCUCAGACCCUUCUCUAAGUUGUUCGUUGGAGAGGUUUUCAUGUCCCGUGCUCCCCUCCUGACCCCUGGGACGUGCUCCUCGGGUGGGAGAGGGUGCUCCCCACGGCCCCCGUGGUGUGAGCCCGAUGCCCCCAGGCCCCACCAGCGUCUGUGCCCUGUACCAUCGUGUGGAGCGAGGACCGGGUUUGGCCAGACUGGAGGUGGCUGUAGCCGAGCAGAGACCAAGACGUGCCCUACCGCGGAGCCUGACCCCCUAGGUGUGCUCUUUGAGAAACAUCUGGGACCCCCAGCACACCUAGGGACCAUCCUUGCUGGCCUCCUAGGGGCCUCUCAGCAAUGGGGGGCCCCCCAGGGGGCCAGCAACGAUGGUGGGGAGUGUGGGAAGUCUGGCGGUUGGAGGGGCGGGUGGGGGGCAGUGGGGGCUGGGUGGGGGGAUGCUCUGGAGUAGGAAGUGGUCCCGUGAGGUUUGGAGGAGUCAGGAGUCACGAGUGCAGAAUUACAGAUCCAAUUAGGAGCCCAAAUUUACGCCAAUUGAUCUAUUCCCCCCCUUUAAUUGGUUUCUCCUGGGGCUUUUUUCCUUUUUUUUUUUUUUGAUCCCUCCUUAGCUUUUUAUGCGCGCUCACAUCAAAUUAAACUUACCCCCGUCCCACGUAACAGGGGAGCAGUGACAAAGCAAUGUACGAAGCCACCACCACCACCGCCGCGGCCAUGCCGCACGUCCUGCUCUCCGCCAUUUAUCGCCCUGAUUCGGUUUUUGUUUUUAUCUGUCCCUGUCGCUUGGGUUGAGUUGAGAGUGGGGCCUCCGUGGGGCGCUGGCCACUGCACCCCACGGAGAAGCCAGAGGGAAAGGAGUGGGCCGCUGCCCGGCCUGGCCUUCGGGGACAGUGGCUGGUCCCCGGAGGUCCUGAGGGGUGGAGGAGGGGGUGGGGAGGCAUCUCCUCGGUGUCCGGAAGGUGCUCGGAGGCCAUCAGGAAAGGGCCCCUGGCUGGCCCAGGCUGGCUGGGGGGGAAGGGGCUGCAGGUGUGUGAGUAGAGGGGCUCCAUCAGGCUGGAGCAGGUGGCCGCCUUCCGUGCACUUGGGGAGUCCCUCCCCUCACCCCUCGGUGACACCUUGCCCACCUUCUCAGCACCCUGUCUUGCCCCCCGGAGGCUCAGAGCUCCGUGGGGCCUCUUGGGGCCCAGGCAGGGUGAGGCCGGGGAGUAGGGGAGGUCAGGAGGGUGUUGGCCCCACAGAGCAAGGAGAGCUGUGAGAGUGGUCCAUCGGCUGGGGUUGCUCGGGCCCCGAGGCCCAUGGGUCUGGCGGUACCGAAUCAGCCACCAUCUCGGCGCCUAGGGCUGUGGCAGGGAUCCGGGCGGCUGGGAGGUUUACCUCACCCCCGCUUUUGCCCCCAGCGCAGCCCCCUUGCACAGCAGCCCGACUAGCAUUCUAGAGGCCCAAGGCUUCUGGGCCCCAGUAACGGGGCUGGCACGACCCUGGGGGCGGUACGUGUCAGCCCACCAGUGGCACAGAGGGUCCUUCGGCAGGCGUCCGGGGAAUGGGCCAUUCGGAACAUUGGACGGAGCUGAAAAGAGCCAAAUUGUUGUAAUUGGGACCCAGACAGAUUGGCCUGAGAUCCAAAAAGACUUGGAGGCAACCCAAAUUGCCUGCCCAUCCUGCCGGACGCCCAUCCCACCCAGUGUUACAUUCUGCCUCUCGUGGGGUGGGUGCUCCAGGGCCGUCUGCCGACGCUCCUCUGUGUCCCCCAGCAAGCAGCUCCCCCAGGGUCCCCAGCCAUCCCGACCCGGGCCCCCAUCUGACCUCCCGAGCCCUGGCUGUGGCCGUCCAUCUUUUCUCUCCCCUCAACUGUCUUCAGCGGGACCCCCUCUUGGGUCCCCCCCACCAUCGCCUGAAGAACCCCCACGUGCCGAGCACCCAAUGUCACCUCCAUCCACUGUCGCGGUCCAUCUGGCAGUGGCCGUGCGGGCCUCAACUCGACCCCUUUAACAUGCUCCUAUUUCUGGCAAAAUUCAUUGCUUGGGUUUUGUCUUUAACAUUUAUCGCUCGCAAUCCCAAUAAAGCAUUCAAAUUUA